AUGACGGAGGCCUCGACGAAGGCCAAGGCGGACAUCCUCGCGGGCUUUGCGCUGGUCCUGAUCGGGCUGCUGGCCGCCGCGAUACGACUCUUCUCGGUAGUCAAGUACGAGUCGGUGAUCCACGAGUUCGACCCGUACUUCAACUACCGAGCCGCGACCUUCCUCUCGAAGAACGGGCUCUACGAGUUCUGGAACUGGUUCGAUGAAUUCACCUGGUACCCGCUCGGCCGCGUCAUUGGCGGCACCAUCUACCCGGGGCUGACGAUCACCGCGUCGGCCGCGUACUGGUUCCUCCAUGCGAUCAACAUGCCGGUCCACAUCCAGGAGGUCUGCGUGUUCACCGCGCCGGUGUUUGCUGCCUUCACUGCCUGGGCGGCCUACGCGCUCGUGUCCGAGGUCCGCGGCAAGGGACCGGGCCUCCUCGCCGCCGUCCUCAUCUCCAGCGUCCCUUCCUACAUCUCCCGCUCCGUCGCGGGGUCCUUUGACAACGAGGCGGUGGCGAUCUUCGCGCUCGUCUACACCUUCUACCUCUACGUCAAGGCCGUCAACACGGGCAAGCUCUCCUGGGCGGUCGCGUGCACGCUGUCGUACUUCUACAUGGUGAUGUCGUGGGGGGGGUAUUCCUUCAUCAUCAACCUACUCCCUAUCCACUGCCUCGUGUGCAUCGCCACGGGCCGCCUCACGCCGCGGCUCUACGUCGCCUACGCCCCCGUCGUCAUGAUCGGCACCAUCCUCGCGGCGUCGAUCCCCGUCGUCGGCUUCAACGCGGUUCUCAUGUCGGAGCACUUUGGGUCGUUCCUGGCGUUCGCCGCCAUCCACGGCGCCAUGCUGCUGCAGUACACGCAGCGCGUGCUCCCCGCGCGCGCCUUCGUCGUCGCGAGGAACCUCCUCAUCACCGCGGGCGUCGCCGCCGGCGCCGUCGUGGGCUUCCUGGUCGCGGUGUACGUGUCGGCGUCGCCGACGCUCGGCUGGACGGGCCGCUCGCUGUCGCUCCUGGACCCGACGUACGCGUCCAAGUACAUCCCGAUCAUCGCGUCGGUCUCCGAGCACCAGCCCCCUCAGUGGUCGGCCUACCUGCAGGACAUCCACAUCAACGCGAUGCUGGCGCCGGCCGGGAUCAUUUCGUGCUUCCUGCCGCUCACGGACGCGUCGCUCUUCCUCGUGCUCUACGGCGUGACCUCGGUGUACUUCUCGGGCGUCAUGGUCCGCCUCAUGCUGGUGCUGGCGCCGGCGUCGUGCUGCAUCGCGGCCGUCGCCGCGUCGGACGCGUUCAACGCGUUCGGGAAGAGCAUCAAGGGCGCCACGCUCGACUUCGUCUACGGCCCCGCGAUGCCCACGCCGGACGCCGCCGCCGCCGCGCCCAGCAGCGGCCCAACCCCCUCCAAGGGCGCGGCGGGCGCGAAGAAGGACGCCAAGGACGCCAAGCGCGCGAAACCGAAGGCGUCGAACACCUCGCUGGUGGACUCGGUGAAGGCGAUGUUCUCUGCGCGCGCGCAGCUCCCGGCGGACGUCUCGGCGCUGGGCGCGCUGUUCCUGGUCAGCACAUUCUUGUUCUACAUUGUGCACUGCGUGUGGGUGGGCGCGGACCACUACAGCGCGCCGUCGAUCGUGCUGCAGUCGCGCUCGGCGAGCGGCGUGUACAUCUUCGACGACUUCCGCGAGGCGUACUCGUGGAUGCGGCACAACACCAAGGAGGAGGACAAAUUCGCGUCGUGGUGGGACUACGGGUACCAGACGACCGCGAUGGCCAACCGCACGGUGCUGGUGGACAACAACACGUGGAACAACACGCACAUCGCGACCGUCGGCCGCGCCAUGGCGUCGCGCGAGCCCAAGGCGUGGGAAAUCCUACGGCACCACGACGUCAAGUACGUGUUCGUGGUCUUCGGCGCGCUCGUGGGGUACCCCUCGGACGACAUCAACAAGUUCCUCUGGAUGGUCCGCAUCGGCGGGGGGGAGUUCCCGGAGAUCAAGGAACGGGACUACCUCAGUGCGUCGGGGUCGUACAGCAUCGGGGCUGACGUGUCCGACACCAUGGCCAACAGCCUGAUGUACAAGCUGUCCUACUACCGGUUCGCGGAGGCCACGCAGGGCCGCGGGUACGACCGCGUGCGACAGACGCCGAUCGGCGUCAAGGACAUUGAACUGGAGUACUUCAGAGAAGUGUUUACGAGCGAACACUGGAUGAUGCGGAUCUACGAGGUGCUCCCGGAGCCGAACCUGGACAAGCCGGAGUCGCGGAGCAGCUCGAGCGGGCGCCUGGCGUACCCUGACACGAGCUGA